UCCAUCUCCAUUUCCAUCUCCUUUCUUCUUUCUUUUGUUUUCCUUUGUUUGGUUUCUUGAUUUUCUCCUUAUAUAUAUAUAUUUAAUUUCAUAAAUAGAUUAGUUUUGGGUAGUUUUGGAUGGGUUGAUUUGGUCAGUUUACUUCUUUUUUAUCCGUAAUCUUUUCAUCAACCCCUUUGUAUUGUGUUCGUAAUUAUUACUAUUCUUUCAAUCUUUGAACUUAUACGUUUGAUUUUGGAUAACCCUUUUGAGAUAAUUGGGUGAAAAUCUGAAGCUUUUGAUUGUUUUACGAUGAGGAGAGGAAGAGGUGCCACGGCAGCAACCGCCGUAGCUUCAAAACCGGCACUAGAACCCAACGGAUCUAUUAAAGAACCAAGAUACAGAGGGGUUAGGAAAAGACCAUGGGGUAAAUUUGCAGCUGAGAUCAGAGACCCAUGGAAAAAGACCCGAGUUUGGUUAGGGACCUUCGACUCAGCCGAAGAAGCAGCUCGAGCCUACGAUGCGGCGGCGAGGUCACUCCGUGGACCGAAAGCUAAAACAAAUUUUCCCAUCAAUUCGUCGAAUAUCCCAGCUUUUCCUUUCGAAACACAUCAUCGGAACAACGAUGGGUUCGUCGACCACCCCCACCACCACCGGUUGUAUGCGAUGGGUGAUUUUCAAGACUCGGAAGUGAAUCCGCAAAGACCCACUAGGAGUGGCAUGAGUAGCACGGUGGAGUCGUUUAGUGGGCCGAGACCGGUUCAACCGCCGCAAAAAUCGGCGGAUUUUGCGGUAUUUUCGACUAGGAAGUAUCACCCGAGGACGCCGCCGAUGGUGCCGGAGGAUUGCCACAGUGACUGUGAUUCGUCGUCGUCGGUUGUUGAUGAUGGGGAUAUCGCGUCGUCUUCGUGUAGGAAAACGUUGCCUUUUGAUCUCAAUUUUCCACCGUUGGAUGAUCUUGAUGAUCUCCAAUGUACCGCUUUAUGUCUUUGAUCAGCGAUGAUGAUGAUGAUGAUGGUGAGAUGGUGAUGAUCAAUUAUUGAAUCUUUUUCUUUUUCCUUUUUUUUAAGCGGAAGACGAAAAAAAAACGAAAAAAAAAGAAAAAAAAAAGGAUGAGACAUGAUUAAGAUGAAAUGUUCUUAAUCUCCGUAUGAGUAUGAAAUAUGAUCCCUUUGAUUUUAUCAAAUGAUGAAUAUGAUGAUGAUCUUUGUUUUUAGAAAUAUGAUGAUGGUGAUUUAGGGUUUGUGAUGUUAUAUCCCAGAUCUGAGUUCAUUUCCUUUGUCUAAAAUUUUGCUCUAAUUCAAUCUCCUCUCAAAUGGAUCAAAACCCCACAUUUUCCGUCAUUUUCUCUGUCUUUUUUCCCUAACUUUCUGUUUUUUUGUAAUGCAAAAAGUAAAAUUAUGAGACAGAUUAAAAUGAAAAAUGGGUCAUAAUUCUUUGUUGUUAGAAAUAUAAUGAUGUUAUUAGAUCUGGGUUUAUUCAGCUUCUUGUGACAGAUCUUUCAUUUGCAUAAAUGUCAUCAACUUUAGUUCAUUUUUCUCUUUUUUCUUGCUUUGAUCUUCAAUGCAAUGCUUUCUUGUGGUUUGUUUCUGUUUGCAUGCCUGUCAUUUGCUUCUUUUGUUCUUGAUUCAAGUCUUGUUUUCAUGUACUCCAUUUACAAAAAAAAAAAAAAAGGGUAGAUUUUCAUAUUUUUGCAUCUUACUUGGAUUGUGGGUAUUAAUGUGGUAGCUGUAUCAGUUAGAGGUGGAGAAGAAAGAGAAUUUUUCGCAAUUAAUUCAAUCACAAGGCAGAGUAUUUUUCAUUCCUUAGCUGUGAAUCAAUUCAAUGUACCAAAUUUCAAAAUUUUUCAUCAUGCUUUCUCCUGGCUUCCAUCAAAGAAAAAAACAAAAAAGGAAUGAUCAUUGCUUGGUUCUUGAUUUUCAAUCAUCUUUGGUUAAAUUUGAAGGCACCUUGAAAUCUGAUCUAACUUAAUGGAAUUUUGCACUAUGGUGAGUGAUGUGUUGUGAUUUUUUCACAAGUUUUUUCUUCUGGGUUUGACUAAUAAUGACCUAUUUGAGAAUUGGGGAUGAUUCAAGGAUGCAUCCCAAUGUAAUAUAACCCAUUUGCGUAGAAUUUUUGCAAUUGCAAAUUUGACCUUU